GCGAGGGCCAGAACCAUUUUGGCAAGAGCGCUCGUCUGUUUGGACCACAACCGCAUUCUUGUCUUGGACGCCCACCAUGGCGCCCCCAUCGUCGUCCAAGCCAUCGACGAAGGAUCUCGUGAAGAAAGGCCCCUCCGCCCUCCAGAAGAGCGCGAACAAGAAACAAGAUGCCGCGGAAAAGCCAACCACCCAACGCGCCAUUGUUAUCCGGAACGGCAAGUAUGGUGCGCGUGGCACAGGCGAAGUUCAGCUGGUCACCAAGCUCGCCGGGCGCGAGAAGCUUGAUCUGCUAGCAGAGGACCUCAUCGAACAGGCCAAACAGGCCAUUGCGCGUCCUUUUAGGCUCGAGGACUGUAUCACCAUUGCCGAGGCUCAGUGCAGCGCUUUCCUGGACGACAUCGCCAAUCUGCAGGACCCGGACCUCUUCUACGACAUCAUCCAGCAGGAGCUCGAGGCCCGCACGCCCAAGGAUGCCAACGGCAAGCCGAGCGCGAUGCUGCGUAACCCGACCUACGUCGCGCAGGUCGUGGCAACCAGAAUCCACAAUGCAUAUCUUCUUGCAUCGGCUUGGAAGAUCGCGUCCGAUACCCUCGCUCUGCUUGCCAAGGAAGGGCUCAAGGAUCACACGGCCAAGAAUCAGUUGAAGAACAACGAGAAGAUGCGCUCGCGCUACCUGGUACUCUUCGACAUGGUCGGUCACCUCGUCGACAUGUCGCAGGCAAAAUUCGCCGUGUUGGCUACCAAGUCGCCGCACUACGCACACUUCUUCAAGGAGGUCGAGGACAAGGAGACAGGGGAGAAGGAGGUUGUGUUUGACUAUCGCGCUGGACUGCGUGAGGCUGGUCGUUCCUUCCUCGACUCGAUCAUCAUCGAGCUCGCUUUCCCUGAGUCCAUCUAUCCGAAGUCCAUCUUGUACAACAUUCUUCAUGAUGCUGUCGAGGAGGCUCCUCGUGAGGCGAAGCGCUUCCCUCAAGCUCUCUGGGAUGCUGUUGGCGACCUUUCGGAAGCCGUUGAGCUGCAGCAGAUCCUUGAGACGCCGCUUCUGGGCCCGGAGGGUCAGGAGAUGCGCAAGAUGCCCCGUCAGAUGCCUGAAGAGUUUGAGCGUUGGGUCGACGCGUCCAUCUACUCUCAGAAGGCGUCCGAGAUCAUCGGCAACUUCAAGGAUGUCAUCUUCCCUCUUGAGAAGACCAAGAGCAAGACGACACUCGAGAACAUGUGGAAGUACAUCAACAUGAACUACAAGAGCAUCUCUGGGCAGGACAUCAACAAGCUUUGGGGCCUCGAGGACGCGCUGAACGCUCCUCCUCAGUGGCACGCUUACUACGUCGACCCUUCUGUCAUCCCGGAAGCGGAGGAUGACGUCUUGACUAUGGGGCAUAAUAUGAAGAAGACCCUCCAGCUCACGGCCGGCGGCGAGGACAGUGAAGACUCCAUGCCCGAGCUUCAGUCAGUGUCAAACUCUUCCGAUGAAGAGAGCGACGACGAGUCCACGGACUCUGAGGACGAUGAGUCGGACUGGGAGUCGGACGAUGGGUACGAUACCGACCAGGAGGAUUACCUGCGUGAGAUGUUGCGCGAGGCCAUGGACGCGGCGAACGAGGCUGAGGCUGAUCUUGGCGUUCCUGGUGUCGAUCCUCUCGCUCAGGAUGAGGACUACAGGAAGGGCAACCCCUUCUUGAAGUUGCUGGGCUCUCUCAGAGGCCGCAUGUUCCCUCCCAGCUCGAAGAUCAGGAACAAGACUGAUCGCCCGACUCCUCGCGGUGCUGGUGAAGACUUCCUUAAGAAGGCCACUGAGGCGCCCAAGCAGAAGUCCGCGCUCGAGCAACUGCUUGAGGAGGAGGAGGCUGAGAAGGCGGCGGCUGCAAAGAAGAAGUCGAAGAAGAAGCCCAAGAAGAAGAAGGCUGCCGGCGGUACUGGCACCAGCACUGAGGCCGCGGCGCCCUCGACACCGACCGCGCCCGAGCCGCCGACCUCUCCCCAGGCGAAGGAGAAGAAGGAGAAGCCCGCGCCGAAGCCGGCCGCCCCGCCCCCCGCGCCCAUCUGGUUUGAGACGGGCGAGACGCGCGCGCAGAGCGCGCGUGCGUACCUGCACGAGAACAAGCUGCUCGACGCGGAGAAGAACAAGACGAAGAACCGUGCGGACCACGCGAGCAUCUUCUCCGAGACGGGCAGCAGCAAGAAGGAGGAAAAGGAGAAGGGGAAAAGGGGCGGGAUGUUUAGCAAGCUGAUGGGCAAGGGCAGCGACGAUGUCGACCAGAAGGAGGCGAAGCUGAGCUUCUUCAAGCGGCUUUCGAAGCGGACGAAGGGGUACAUGCACCAGCUGUUGCGCACGUCGGAGGACGAGAAGCGCGGGCUGGCGCCAAUGAAGUGGGAAAACUUUGUCAAGCUCAUGGUUGAAAUGGGCUUCGAGUACGACCCCAGCACGGCCGGCUCGAGCGUUCGCUUCAUCCCCAAGGAUCAGCGCGACAAGCCCAUCACGUUCCACAAGCCGCACCCUGACCCGACCAUCCACCCGGUCAUGCUCAGGGAGUUCGCGAAGAAGCUGCAGCGCCACUAUGGCUGGACGCAGGAAGACAUCCUGGCGGCUGCCUAAGUGCGCGACGCGUUUUUCUUGGGAAACGCGCGGGCAGUGCGUCCGCUAACGAUCAAUGGAUCGACAACGAACUGUUUCUUGUAACGAUCCGUCACCAGUGUGUGCUGGCGCGGUAUCCUCAUCUGUCAUGAUCUCUUUUCUUGUAGCGGUUUAGUUCCCUCACUAACUGUUUUACUGGCUUGGUAUGCGCAUUGCACGAACGUUGUAGCUGUGUAGACAAGCACCCUCGCUGUAUUUUGUAUCUCCUGAAUGUUGACCUCUUGCACAAUCAUACCCACCUUGACCUUGAAAUGCC